AUGGCGAAGGAUUCCACCAUCGAAGAGACCAAGCAGACGCUGGUCCAGCGCUUCCGCGCUUGGGGUGAAAACUCGUUCCCGCCGACAAUCCUCGCAUCUCUCAUAUUCGCGCAGCAUGCGCGUCCAUUCCAGUUCUUCCCGAUGCUCUUCCCGCCUGUCCUCCUCUUCUCCAGCUAUGCGAACCUUUCGGGAUUCAAGACGGAGAGCGCCGGUAUCAGCGCGGCUUGGUCCGGUCUGUAUCUGCUGCUUGCGGCCCGUCGUCGCCAGCCGAUGAUGAAGAAGUUCGGCACUCGAGGUGUUGUGCGUGGUGCGACCAUGGGUCUCUGCCUGGUUCAAAUGAUCGGAGGUGGACUGGCUUACACCCUCGGAAAGAAGGAGGGCGAGGAGGACGAGUCCUCAAUGUGA